AUGGCGGCGUCUUUUGAACAGGCUCUCCAAUCUCCCAUAUUCACCUUCAUCAUCGGUCUGGAUCGCAGACCUAUCGUUGUUCACACUGGGGUCAUUGCGAACAUCUCCGAACCUCUGAAUCGCCUUAUUAGCGGGCCUAUGAAAGAGGCACAGGACCAACGUGCUGAGCUACCCGACAUCGAGAAAGACGAUUUCCUUCGCUUGUGCGAAUUUGCGUACAAAGGCAAUUAUUCCCUGCCACCAGAGUGGAAUCUACCCAAAGACAAAGUCAGCUGUUCAGGGAACUUGCUGGCGCACACGAAGCUCUACUGCCUUGCGGACAAAUAUCUGGUUAAGAGCCUCAAGAAGCUUGCCAGGGACAAGCUCCAUCACACGCUAGUGUGGGUUGCGGGCCUUUAUAAAUGUCGUGGCGCUGUUGCCGAACUUGCCAGCGUCAUAUACUCAGGCGACCUUGAUGUUCCAGAUGGCCUCAAACAGGUUGUAGUCACGCAUCUUGCCAAGGAGUCUGUAUUGUUCGAAGAAGACCGUGCCAUUAAAGAGCUGAUAGAAGGAAGUGGAUCAUUCGCAGUGGACCUCUGGCGCGCCAUGGUAGAAGAUAAGAAGGCGAAUAUUGUAGUCGAGGUCGAAUCUGAUGCUGGCUGGGAUUUUUGAGUGCCGUUCGGGUGAAGAUGUGUUAUAGUGGUAUUGAGUUAUAAAUAGGGAUGGUAAAGAAGUGCGUAAUAAACUCUAAGGAGGGAACAUGAGUUGGUAUCUCCUGCACCAGGUGUUGGGGUGCUCAGACCGAACAAUAAUCUUUGGCGUGUGGAUUGUCAAUUGUGUGGAUAUCGGCUAGACUCUUGGGUAUCAGAGAUGGUUUUCUUUGCUGGAUCGAUUCCAGCAGAUUCAGGUU